CGCGGAGCCACGUGGCGGCCCGGCAGCGGCGGCCCAGCUGUGCCCGGCGGCGGCGGGCUGUCAGGGUCCCGGGGGGCCGGCCGCCCUCAGAUGAGCGGGAGGGGGCGCCUGGUGGGCCUGGCCUUCUGCACCUGCUACCUGGCGGCCCACCUCACCAACAAGUACGUCCUGUCUGUCUUGAAAUUUACCUGCCCUACGUUGUUCCAAGGGUGGCAGACGUUAGUUGGUGGACUUUUGCUUCAUGUGUCAUGGAAACUGGGCUGGGUGGAGAUCAACAGCUGUUCAAGAUUUGUUCCCCCUCCCAGUCUGCAGGAGGCUUUUUCCACGUCCAGCUCACCUGUGUCCUGCGGUGGGACCACUGCCACUAGGUCUGAUGUUUUGGCGUGGCUUCCUGCUUCGGUGCUGUUUGUGGGCAUAAUCUAUGCCGGUUCCAGAGCAUUAUCCAGACUGGCCAUUCCUGUGUUUCUCACUUUGCACAAUGCAGCUGAAGUUAUCGUCUGUGGGCACUGGGUGUGUUUUCGGAAAGAGAAAACGCCUCCUGCCAAGAUCUGUAGCGCCCUCCUGCUCCUGGCCGCUGCGGGGAGCCUCCCCUUCAAUGACGCCCAGUUUGAUCCAGACGGGUACUUCUGGGCUGUAAUUCACUUACUCAGUGUAGGGGCCUAUAAGAUUCUCCAGAAGUCCAUGAAACCCAGUGCGUUAAGUGACAUCGACCAGCAGUACCUAAACUAUAUAUUCAGCGUGGCGCUCCUGGCAGCCGCAGCACACCCCACAGGUGACCUCCUCCGUGCCCUGGACUUCCCCUUCUUGUAUGUCUACAGAUUCCACGGCAGCUGCUGCGCCAGUGGCCUUUUGGGGUUCCUCGUCACGCUCAGCGCCGUGAAGCUGAAGAGCCUGGUGGCCCCCGGGCAGUGUGCGGCCUGGCUGCUCCUGGCUCAGGUGGCCACAGCUGGCUCCUCAGUGCUGCUGUUCGAGGGCGUCCUGACCAGGGCGGCCUUGGGAUGCCUCCUGCUCGGCGGCCUGGGAGAGGCCUUGCUGGUUUUCUCAGAGAGGAGGGGCGCCCCGAGAUGACGAGGUGACGAUGGAAAGGGAGACGGGACGAGCCCGGCGUGGGAGCAGAGCCCGGCUGCGGAGCUCGGACGAGGGUGAGGAAGCCGAGCUCCCCCUGCGCCAGGAGCUCCCGGGUCUCGGCUGCAGAGAAUGGACCGGUGCCUCUUCCUCGAGAGGCUCGCCUGAGCCCCACCUCUGGGUGUGCGGACGCCUGCGGACACCCGGUGGAGGCGCCGCUCACCUGCCUGGCAUGCGGCCUCUGCUGGAGCCGGCACAGGCGCUGCUCUCCCUGCUCGCGCUCCGUGGGCGCCGCCCCGGAUUUGGGGUUUGGUUUGUGUGUUUACAUCUUCGGAGCCUCCGGGACACCCCUUCCUUGAGCUCGUGCGGGCUGGUCCGAGCCUCACCCACCCACUCACGGGGAUCCCUCCCAAGGGCGUCCAUGGGGGAGCGGGGGCUCGGCCGUGAGAAGCCAGCAGGGGCCAUCGCCCCAGAGCGGGUGCGAAAGCCCAGACGGGUGCGUGUUCCUUCUGUUGGGUUGUGUCAUAUUAAUUUCACACUUUUUUUUCGCUCACCGUUCAGUUAACCUGACACGAAACGAUCACCACAGCAAAGAGGUGGAUAAGCCCAGGGUGUCCUCCCGGGCAAGGGGAAAAGAAACACGUCUAACAUGGACACACACCUGUUAUAGUCACAUCCCUAAAGCUCUGAAUCCAUUCGGUCCCCAUAUCUGAGGAGGUUCCAGUCAUUGAACACAAGUAUACUUUUCAGGCCAAUUAAAGGUUGGAUUAAAGCUCUAAA